AACAUUAUAUCUUAUAGUAUAUCAUAGCGUUAUUCACGUUUCAUAACAAGUGAGAUAGUAUAUAAGAUAAACCAAAGCUCAAUUAUUUUUGUAUGUGCGGAUGACAAAUAUCAGGAUAACCACAAGGUGAUAAUAUCUGAUAUGCCAAUAAUAAUGCCACUUGCACAUUUUCUUCAAGGCCCUUUACUCUUUCAUACCAAUAUAUGCGUUCCUGCUUUACCAUUAAGAUCUCAUAUUCUCAUCUCUUCUUCUCCGACCACUCUCAUCAAAUCAUCCUUGUCUGAAGCAACUAAAAUGGCAGCACCUAAAUCGUACGAGGAAGAGUUCCCAGUGAAGGCCUUUGGAUGGGCAGCUACUGACACCUCUGGCCUUCUCUCUCCUUUCAAGUUUUCCAGACGAGAAACGGGCGAAAAAGAUGUGCAGUUCAAAGUUCUGUAUUGUGGCAUCUGCCACUCCGAUCUUCACCAGAUCAAGAAUGACUGGGGAAACACCACUUAUCCAAUUGUACCUGGGUAUAAUAUACAUGCAUUUCUGGUUUUUGGUAUUUAUUUUUUUGACAGAGUUCGUAAGAUUAUGUUGUGUGGUGAUUGCAGACACGAAAUUAAUGGGGUGGUGACUGAGGUUGGGAGUAAGGUCGAGAAAUUUAAGGUUGGGGACAAAGUAGGAGUUGGCUAUAUCGUAGGCUCCUGCUGCAAAUGCCAAAACUGCGAAAACGAUCUAGAAAAUUAUUGCCCCAAAAACGUAACAACUGCCAACGGCAAGACUAACGGCACCGUGACAUAUGGUGGUUACUCCGACAUCAUGGUUGCCGAUGAGCGCUUCGUCGUCCGUUGGCCGGAAAACCUGCCCAUGGAGGCUGCUCCGCUGCUUUGCGCCGGAGUCACCACUUACAGUCCCUUGAAAUACUACGGACUUGACAAGCCAGGGAUGAGCAUUGGCGUUGUGGGUCUUGGAGGGCUGGGUCACUUGGCGGUUAAGUUCGGGAAGGCCUUUGGAAUGAAGGUCACAGUCAUCAGCACCUCUGCUAGUAAGAAGCAAGAGGCUAUUGACCAUCUGGGUGCAGACUCGUUCUUGAUUAGCCGUGACCCCCAACAAAUGGAGGCUGCAAUGGGCACGUUGGAUGGUAUACUCGACACGGUUUCUGCUUCCCAUCCUGUUCUGCCAUUGCUAAGUUUAUUGAAGACAAACGGGAAGCAUGUGAUGGUGGGUGUACCAGACAAGCCACUUGAACUCCCAGUUGCUCCCUUGAUUACAGGUAGAAAGAUGGUGGGUGGGAGUAGCGUUGGAGGAUUGAAGGAGACACAGGAAAUGCUUGAUUUUUCUGCAAAGCACAAUAUAACGCCGGAUGUUGAGGUUGUUCCCAUGGAUUAUGUGAACACUGCCAUAGACCGCCUUAAGAAGAACGAUGUUAAGUAUAGGUUUGUAAUUGAUAUUGGACAAACAUUAAACGCCGCUUAAGGUGCACCAUUUGGUUUUCAUGUUAGCUCAUAAGUCAUAAUAGAAGCUUAUAAGCUUUCCUAGAAACUAAGUGUGAGAGAGAGGUUUAGCGUAUUGUAUUCUCAGAGUUGUGGCUGUGUGUGUUCACAUCCUUUUGUUGUAGGGAGGUUAAUCGCCCUAUUAAAUAUGAUGUAUCAUUGUAACCCCUUGAAGUUUGACAAGAAUAAAGUUAUGAAUCACUUGUUGUGACUUAUGAGUAUGU